GAGUCACGUAGGGAAACUUUCUGGACACAGCCCCGGGGGCGGACCCAGACUCCAGCCGGUCCAUUUAUAAAUCAGCGCAGCCACAUCACGCGUAACAGUGGAUAUGGCUCACGGGUCAGCAGGCCGUGGGUCGCGAGGCUGCGAGCGGCCGCUCCAGCUCCUUCUUCUCCUUCUGGUCCUGCGGCACUCGCGGCCCAGCGCAGGUUUCCUACAUGUGAAGAUGGCAGGGACAACUCAGACUGUUCUCCUGAAUAACAACGCCACUAUUUUCUGCCAAAUCUAUGGUCACCCCUCCCUGAACAUAACAAUUAUGGGUAUCACCUGGUUUUGGAAGGGUCUGGGGUCUCCAACAGAAGUUAAGCUAUAUGAGUUUUUUGGAGGCCACCAAAUGACAGCUCGAUAUGGAGCCGUGGUACCUCCAGAGAGUCUGGAGCGUGGGAAUGCCUCGCUGCUGCUGCCACGGGUCCAGCUGAGGGAAGCAGGAGAGUACCGAUGUGAGGUGGUGAUCACCCCUUACAAAGCAGUGGGACGAAUCAAGCUGGAGGUUGUGGCUUCCCCAGUGAGCAGCUUGUUUCCGGAGCAAGCCAUGGUGAAAGAAAACCAAAAAACACUUAUCUUGUGUAUGUCAAGUGGGUUUCACCUUAAGAACAUUACCAUAAGGUGGAGAAAACUAUCCCAGAAGGAUCCUCAGGAGGUUUCUGAGGGCAUCGUCACUAAUUACACCAUUGAGAAUGGUAUGCUUAAUGUCACUAGCUUCCUGAUGCUGAAGCCCUCUCUGGAAGACAGUAUGACCAUCUACCAGUGUAUGGUAUAUCACAAAUUCUUGCCUACCCCCCAGAAGCUCAAUUUCACCUUGACUGUGAUAGAAUCUGAGAAGACAGAUUUUAAUUUGAAAGGCAUUCCUCCCUACAUUGAAGCAAUAUCAGCUCUACUGAUUUUAUUCUUUAUUAUUAUUUUAUUAAUUAUUAUUUUUUUUAAAAAGGUGCUUCCGAUGUUAGUAAGAGAAGAAUACACCCAAGUGAGCCUGCCGGGGGCUGAGACACCGGGAGCAGAGCCUGCUGCGGGCUGCGCGACGCUGGAAGUCAGAGCUGGUUGCCAUAGCGGAGGCCAGUCUACAUCGGAUGGCGGCCGUGCAGCUGCCAGACAGGCACUAUCCCAAACAAACCCCUUAUCCUGCAUCUUGAAAGCUUCUUCUCAAAACACCCAAACUUCUACAGAAGAGAUCGAGGUGCUUUCAUUAUGAUGCAUUCGUGCCUUAUUCAGGUGGAGGAACCACCCGAAGAGCAUUGCAAGUUCUUACCCAGAAACAGCAGAAACCAGGUUUCUCAGCGAAUGCGUGAGAAACAGACAGUACUUUUCCUAGUGGCUUGAAUGGUUUGCUCUAGAGCAGACUGCUCCUGCCUCCUUCCUCGACAGCCUUCUGCCAAACAGCUCAUCCAAGAAAAAGAAAGCAACACCUUCCAAAGAAGACAUACAGAUGGCCAACAGUUACGUGAAAAGAUGCUCAA